AUGAAAUCAGCAUUGUUGGUUGUUGUUUUGAUUGCCUGUCUUUAGGCAACUACAGUUUCUGAACUCAAGGAAAAACUUUCAGGAUAUGGAGAUCAUCCUUUUGGAUCAUCUAUGAUAAAUUUAGUAAGUGUUAACAUGAAAACAGGAGGAUCAUUAAAUGAAUUAAAAUAGCUCUUAUAAUAAAUUAAGGAUGAAUUAAUAGCCUUAACUUAAUUGUAAGAUUAAGAAAGUGCCACUUUUACUAGAAGAAGUCAAGUUGAUUUGGCUAAGCUAUAAGCUACACUUGAAUAAGCUUAAUAAGAUCUUGAUAAUUAAAGAUAAGAAUAAUCAAGUUUGAGUAAUGAAUUAAGUACAUUAUAAACAAGAGUCAAAGAAGGUAAUAUAAAUUUUUUGAGUAUUUUUUAGAUUAAGCAGCCUUAGAUCGUAAUUCUAGAGGAAGUGGUGAUGCUUAAAGUAGAUUAGAUGCUGAGAAUACAGAUUUCGCUGCUAAAUACUAAGAUUAUAGUGAUGCUAUUCUUGCAUGUAAGGAAGCAUAAAGAUUACUUAUGAAUUUAAGAGGAGAAGGUGCAUCAUUAAUUUAAUUGACGUAUCCAAUUCAUAUUAUCUAUUUAGUUAAGACACUAAGAGUAAUCUCAUCUAAACUAAGGAGAAUUUCUAAAAAAUCAAAGAAAUCUUAGAAGCUCAUACUAAGAAAAGUUCAUUAACAUUGUUCUAACCAAUCAUUGAAGGAUUAGCUGAAAUGACUACUAAAGUUAAUCCAGAAACAUUAAAUAACGUUUUGAGUUUAGUUGCUAGAUUAAUCACUGCAUUAUAAGAAGGUUAAGAUUAAUUAGAAGCUAACCAUAAAACUUAAGUUGAAAAUCUUACUAGAUUGGGUGAUGAUUUGAGAAAUGAAAAAUAAACACUCUAAGUUUCAUUAGCCACUGCAAAUAAUAGACUUAAAGAGAUCUAAUCAAGAUUAAAUGAAUUAGAUGGAUUAAUUAAUAUUUCUAAUGCUAUUGUUGAAGUUACUUAAUUAAAUAUUUAAGAUGCUACUAGAAUUAAUGAAUUAGAAGAUCAAGAAUAUAGCAAUUAAAAAGUCAGCAGGUACUCUAUUUUAUCAUAAUUAGAUAAACUGAAAUUGAUAUCGUAGAUAGAUUAAUUGAAUACAUCAACCAAAAGUUAUCUGAAUGAUUUAUACAUAAUAAUAAUCAUACAAAUU